ACUAUGUUGGGAAUUCUAGCCGUAAUUUUAAGGCUACUUAAAUGAGUUGGACUAUCAUUGAAUUUGAACAAGCACAUCUGCACAUACAAACAACCCCAUUAUUAUCAUCCAGAUUAGCAACCCUACCCUAACCUUAUUUUUUCAUUUUUUAAAUGUUUUUUUUUUAAAUAUCCGACUUUACAAUCACAUGAAUAGUCAAUGUAACUCAUCUUUAAAUAACUUCGUCCUCUAACCAAAAUAAUUUUUAGUUUCAUAAUAAUUAUAAGUAUAUCCCUCAUAACCCUCUAACACAUUUUUCAAAACAAAUCAUAACCUAUAGAAUCCAAGACUCUUAGACUUGAACCAUCUACAAGUACCAAGUACGUGAUCAAGUGGGAGUGUUGGGCUACAAUCGAACCAUCUACAAGAUCUAUCAACAUCAUCACCACUUAUCUUCUUUAUCAACUCAAAGUGAUUAACAACACCAAAAGCACUAAUAAUUUCUGGGUUUUGACUUCAUAAUCACAUGAACUUUCUCCUUAAACAAAACAAAAUUCCUCUAAAAUAAACCCCACUAAUUUACAUUUUCUCUCUCCUCACCCACCACCCCACCAAGCACCAGCUAGUUAGUUGCCCACCCUUUUCCCCCCUUUUGCUCUCUUAUUUUUAAUCUUCAAUUCCCACCAAAAUUUCCCCAAAUUUUCUGGGAUUUGAAGUAAAAAAAUAUGUUUGAUUUAGGGGAUGAUUUUGUACUAGAAAACUUCCAAAUUCCAUGGCUUAUUUGGAUUCAAAUUUUGGUUAUGUUUCUUCUAACCCUCACAAUUUUGCUCUCUUACUUUGAUAUCUUUGUUCUUGAUUCUUCUUCUACAAGCAAUUAUUCGGAUUUGAAGGUUUCUUCCAGCUGUUCUCCAUGUACCCAGCAGGUAGCUGGGAAUCAUGAUUCCAGGAGGGAAAUAACUACCACGCCUAGCAACAGAGUGAGGUGUGUUGGGGAAAGGGAUUCUUCUGUGAAGGAUUUACCUUCUUCCACAGUUUCAAAACAUUUCUUCCACCCAUGCCGUUAUUUUGAUUUUGCAAAAGAAGCUCUCCUGAAAUGUCUAGGUUUGGGUUCAGGAUCUCACAAGUCUCUUGACGAAGAAGAUGAACAUGACGACUGAUGCAUGUAGAUCUGUCACGACCUCUUUUGAUGUUCAUGUAGUCUCUCAUUAAUUCUAUAGAUGUUCAAGAUGAAAAUCAGGGAAGGAUCUUUUAACAAUUCCAAUUAUUCUGGUGGAAAUUGCUCCUUUGCAUAGCAACUUAGCUGUACAGAUCGGAGGGAGAAGACGAGUGCGGUAUUGACAAAAUGUAUAAAAUUGGUGUCUUAACAUCUAUUUAUAGAAUUAUAGUUGGAGUUUUGACAAGGUCACAGGAUGUGUCAGAGAAUUCAUAUCUGAGUAAUCUGACCAAAUCUCAGAUUAUUGAUUUUGUAAUUUCACAAAGAAUUAGUUCAGGUUUAGUAUUUUUUUUUUCUGUGAAAAUAGGAAUGUAAAAAUGUUGGAAACUGUGAAUAUCUAAUUAAUUUCCCAUAAUUUUGUUUGCUACAGCUCUAAAUUAUUCCCUGCUGGUUUUCCCUUUUACAGUAUUUUGAUUGAGGUUAAUGUUGAUUUUUUUUUUUUUUUUUUUUUUUUUUUUUUUUUUUUUUUUUUGACAAUCUAGUGUUGAUUUGAAUUCAUCACUUUUGAACAUGAUCUGUAGUUCUGUACAUGUAGUAGUAAUAUAAUUUUCCUUUGCCCAUGAUCUGUAGUCGUAUCAUUCCCACCUCAAAUCCCUUACUAGAAUAUUAUUAUGUUAAAAUUAUUUUACAUAUUUUAGACUAAUAAGUUCUAAUACAUUCCCAUAAUCCCAUCAUAUACAUCUAUAUUAGCAAAGCUAUACUUUUGAUGUUUAACUUCAUCUUCUAUUAUUAACCCAUAUCAACAUAUCAUGAUUAUCAGCAUCAAACUGUCAAACCUAUUCCCCAAAAUAGGCAUUCUUUUACAUAAAUAGCUGUAAAUUGUUCAUCAAAUAUCAUAGACUUGAAAUAAUUUAUCUCAUUUGUACAUAACUUCAAAUACUUGUGACAAGAUUGAAACAAAAUAAAAAACAAAACAGAUAAUAAGAAUCUCGACUAUAAAAUUUGAAUAAAUGGCAAAAAUCUUCGUACAAUAUAAUUAAAAAAAAAUUUAAAUCAAAAACUUAAUAUGAAAUUUAUAUAGCUAAUGAACUCAACGUCAAAAAUUUGAAUUCAAAGCCUUAUAUUUUUGCAAAAUUAAAAUUUCAUUAGCUGUACAUAAUCCUUCAAAAAUUACAGCUUAAUUAGCAAAAUCUCUUAAUCUAAAAUUAGCAUACUAAUCAAUCAACUAAUACUUCCUUCCUAACUAGGAGAGCCUCUCCAUUGCAUUUUAAUGCAUGCAAUCAAAUUUAAUUUCACCACCACACAAAAAUAAGGAAGAAGAAAACCCAUCAUAAUUUUAAAUAAAAAUUAUAAAUGGGAAAACAAAAACACCAUAUAGAAAUCAAAAUUUGUCAAGAAGAUUUAUUAGAAGAAGAAUCAACAACAAAACCACCUCUUUUACAAGAUGGACAAUCCUCCUUUUCCCUAGUAGAACCAUCUCCUAGUAAGCACAAACAACAUAAAGAAGCGAAAACGGUUCGGGUUCUCCGGUCCAUGAUCCGAUCAUUCCCCAUUAUAUCUCCGAAACAUUGUAGGUUACCUGAUAUAAACUUCCUUAGCAAUGGCACGAGUAAUCGUGUCACGGGCACGUUGUUCGGGUAUAAGAAGGGGAAGAUGAAUUUUUCCCUACAACAAUCUACCAAGUGUUUGCCUACGUUGGUAUUGGAUCUACCUAUACAAACUCACGUUCUUCAAAAGGAUAUGAGCGUAGGAAUGGUUAGGAUCGCGCUAGAAUGUGAAAAAAAGGAUGAAAAGGAGAGGAAGGGUUUGUUAGAAGAGCCUAUUUGGGACAUGUUUUGUAAUGGGAAGAAGUUUGGUUACGCGGUUAAGAGGGAUGCUAAUGAGAUGGAUUUGAGUAUUAUGGAGGUUCUUAAGGUUAUUACAAUGGGCGUGGGUGUCUUGCCUUCGUCCGAGUUUUGUGAUGGUGAUGAUCCAGACGACGAAUUGGCCUAUAUUCGAGCUAACUUUGAUUAUGUUGUAGGGUCGAAGGAUUCGGAGACCUUAUAUAUGUUGUGUCCGGAAGGAAAUAUUGUUCUUGAUCUUAGUAUAUUCUUUGUAAGGAUUUGAGGUUGCAUUGUAUUUACAUAUAAUGUUGGUUAUUAGGGAGGAUCAUGUUACAAAUUAGAGGUCAUUCGGGAGAUAUUAGAUACAAUUCCGAGCAUUGAGUAUUAUGUUCUCCGUUGGCGAUUGCAAUGUGCGCACGCGAAGGAGGUCCUUAAGAUCGUAACGUGCACCGACUAGGAACAUUAACCAUUUUUGUGCUCUCGAGUGCAUACAGUGAGCAAUGUUUCCCCUUUUACCAAUUAAUUUGAGGGUAAGAUACAUAUGUACCUAUAUUACGUACAAGAAACCAACUAGAUGUGGCAAAUAAGUUGUUCUAUCUGGUUUGGGUUUGGUUAGGUCAAUUCAAGUAGGAUUGUAUAUGUGUAAGGUUACUACGUUAAGGUUCAUGUGUGGCAAAGCAAUUCAAGUUGGGUUACUCUAUUGUCAAUUAAAUAAAUCAAGUCAUAUUUCGAGCUGAGUUGAGUUGGCUAGAGUUCGGGUCAAUUUUAAGCUAUCAAGUUUCAAAAACAAAUUGGUUGCAAAAGGUUGUAUUUGAGAGUGUGAGACGCCAUCUAGCAAGUAAGAAUUAUCAUUGAAUAGCUUUGAAAUCUUGGCCUGACAAAAUCUCCUGUAAAUUGAAUAUAAUAUCAUGAUUGUAUUAAUCAGCCCAUCCAUGAAAUACCAGAUCAUCAAUUUGCCUAUUGUAUGCUUCCUCAAUAAACCUUAAAAGACAAAAUUAUAAGUUUGUCUCCUUUCUGUCAUUCUAUGUGACGAUAAACCAAUCUAAUUUGGAGAAGUAGUUUUUGGAUUAGAUUACCUUGCUUGAUUGAAUUUGUUGAUCUAGUUGGGUGGGUGGAUCACAAUAACCAAAUGAUUCGAUAUUCUCUUUUGUCAUGAAAAACUCAAUUUACUUCAUCAUAAAAGAAUAAGCAUUUAUUUUGACAUCCAUUUCUUGUAUGAGAUGGUUUUAUUGUUAGUCGGUAACUAAUUGUAUUGAUAACUUUAUUCUAUAUAGGGGUCGUCGUGUAACUUUUCAAAUACAUUUAGAGGUAAGUCUAAUGAGUCACUAGUGAAUUAGCGGUUUUGUCCAAAAUUUCUUGUUCCAAUUAUGAAAUCGUGUAACCAUUCUUGUGGGCACCUUGUAC